AUGUACCGGCCGUUAUAUGAUACUGAUUUCGUUGAGUUACUCUGGCGCUUAGUCGCGAUCCAGGAUUGCGGAUCAUCUGCAGAAUUGCUGUACGUUUUAACUGCCAUUGAUUCGGAAGCGAUGGGAAGCAUUGUCAACAAGGCGCAGACCACCGACUUUGUUUGGCAGGUUGUGUCCAAUUUGCUAUCUGCCAAGAAUGUGGGGACGGUAAAUUACGUGUGCGAAACCAUCCGCAUUUUGAUGGUCGGUUCCAACUUCGCACACGUGUGUUUCGAGGACGGGCACUUGAGGAAAAUUCUCAAAUUGAUCCUACACGACUCUAUUGGCAUCCAUGGCUCUAUUGGCAUCCAUGACUCUAUUGGCGUUAAUAACCGGACUGACUUGCCCGAGGGCGACGAGGUGCUGUUUGCUGCUUCGGAAGGGUGGGCAGAAGAGCAUUCGCAGAGGACGUCGGAACGGUUGAAGCAGGUCUUGAAUACGAAGGCAUUGAUCCUGUCGUUGUUGCGGGACGCAGUGCAGGCGUAUCCUUCCCGGACGGCUGCGGCUUUGGCAGAGGACCUAAGUAGCGACGGGGAGUCUGUGAUAGACGAUGUCUGUGUUCCGGAUGUACAAGAGGACUUGGCCUCCACUCCGGAUGGCUUGGCCCGUGGGCCACGCGUGGUGGACGAGGAGGCCGACCACGAGUUGGCGUCGGCUGCCCGUUCGUCCUCCGGGUGUGACCGUUUCGAAAGCCGAUUGUCAUCGGGCAACCCGCUAAUAUCAAGUCGAGUAAUCGGUGAUCCGGUGGCGGGGACGGAGCGGUCGUUUACGACACGGUUGGCACGGAUGGCGGCAUUUUACUAUCGGAGAGCGAAGGCGUUACGAUUGGGUGUGUCUGCCUCAGGUUUUCUAUCUCAGGCAGUGAAAUUUGUGAGACAGGUGGAGGUGGAGAAUCCAGCAGGUCAUGGUAGUCUGGCAAUAGAGGUGUUUGUUGGGCUGUUGGCCACGCCGGGAGAGUGCUUCCGUUCUGAAAGUAACGCAAUGGAAGCUGCGAUUUUGGGUCUUGUACGUAUGCUCAAUUUCAAAGCUGGUCGCUGCAAACAGACCGCGGCAACUCUCAAGCACAUUGUCAGUCGCAAUCGCGAACUCAUCCACGAACUGCACCGCUUCUAUUCACAGGAGCAAGGUCUUUCCAUCUUCCAGGACUGGCUACCGCCACUCGAUUCGCCCUGCCGAGAUGGAACCGGCGGCAGACCAAGUCUUGGCAACAAGAACCACGUGGGUACCGGUAGUGGCGACCGACCGUGCGGCGUAGACAUCUUUCCCGUCGAAGAUUUUCGAGGAGCCGAAGACGUUCUAGUUGUCGAAGAUUCAGCCACGGAUGACUCCGGUCGUGAGCCGACAUUGGGCCCCAUGGGGGCGACGCCUUUACGCAACCUCGCGUCGGCACCACCGUCCGCAACGAAACGGAACCGACAGGUCGCCUGUUCGAAUCACGCCUCGUCCGCGGCCUCGACACAAAACACAAAAAGACUUCGCAGCGACUCAAUCGUCGCACUCCUAGGCGCCACAAACAACGCCGCCGACAAACCGACAAGUAAACUGCCCGACGACUUAUUCACUCUCCGGCAACGGAAACACUCCUCCAUCCGAAAAUCAGUACCUGAACCCUCCGUAACUCUGCCACUAACGAUACGCUUGCGGUAA